UGAGCUCCACAGUUGAGUCAAAGCCACAAUGAUGACAAUAACUUGGAAGCUGCCAGCAGCGAUGUUGGCGCUGCUGCUGCUGCUGCAGUUCACCGCAGCCGAGGAGCCGAUCUAUCGUUUGUGUGUGCCUCAAAUCUAUUUGAGCGAUUGCCAGAAACUGCUCGCGGAUCCGUCAGAAGCGGGCAUUCGCAUGGAGUGCGUCGCUGGACGGGAUCGUGUCGAUUGCCUCGAGUUGAUCGAGCAGCGCAAGGCCGAUGUGCUGGCCAGUGAACCCGAGGAUAUGUACAUGGCCUAUCAUCGCAAGAACGAGGAUUAUCGUGUCAUUUCCGAGAUACGCACUCAGGAGGGCAAAGACGCCAAUUUCCGCUACGAGGGCAUCAUUCUGGUAAAGAAAACGUCGCCAAUCAAAUCGCUGCAGGAGCUGCGCGGUGCAAAGUCCUGUCACACUGGCUUCGGACGCAACGUUGGCUACAGAAUUCCCAUCACCAAGUUGAAGAACACCCAUGUGCUGAAGGUGUCCGCUGAUCCGCAGAUUUCGGCCACUGAACGUGAACUCAAAGCGCUGUCCGAGUUCUUCUCGCAAUCCUGUUUGGUGGGCACUUACUCUGCUCAUCCGGACACGGAUCGUCUGCUGAAGAAGAAGUAUCCAAAUCUGUGCGCACUCUGCGAGAAUCCCACGCAGUGCAACUAUCCGGACAAGUUCAGUGGCUACGACGGCGCCAUUCGCUGCCUGGACAAGGGACAAGGCGAGGUAGCCUUUACCAAGGUGCAGUUCAUCAAGAAGUAUUUCGGCUUGACGGGCAACGCAACGGCACCGCCCCCCGAGGGCAAACCCGAGGACUUUGAGUAUCUGUGCGAGGAUGGCACACGUCGUCCGGUGACUGGGGCAGCUUGCUCGUGGGCCCAACGCCCCUGGAUCGGUUACAUUUCGAACGAGCAGGCGGUGCAUGGCGAACAGAAGUUGCAUCAACUGCAGUCGCGUCUGGAGAAGUUCUUCGAGAACGGUUUGCAUGCGGAGAACAAGGAUGCCGCUGCCCAUUUGCUAAUCCAACCGAAUGCGGUGUAUCACAGCAAACCCGAGGCAGUCGAUCCCAAAGUGUAUCUGGAGCGUGCCGGCUACAAGGAUGUGAUUGAACGCGACGGCAGCGCCAUUCGCAAGCUGCGUCUGUGCGUGCAACGGGACACCGAGCUGUCCAAGUGCGAGGCACUGCAUCGUGCCGCCUACGCACGCGAUGCCCGGCCAGAGCUUGAGUGUGUGCAGUCCGUCGAUUGCAUUGAGGCCUUGGCCAGCAACAAGGCUGACGUCACAGUGGUGACAGCUGGCAGCUAUGCGGAUGCUCGUGGCAAGCAGUUGAUACCGCUGCUCUAUGAGCAGUUGCCCUCUGAGCAGCUGUUGGUGGCUGUGGCGCCUCCCUCGCUCAGCCGCGAUGACCUGCAGCAGGCUCCAAUCAACUACGAUGCCAGCAGCGAGCGUGCGCGCUUGAGUGCCGCCUUGUUGAACAAACGUCGCAGCUUGGACUGGUGCAACAUUGUCCCCAGCAAGGAGCAACAGCUGCUCAUUGUGCCCGCCCAGCAGUUGGAGCAGCACAAGGAUUGGCAGCUCGUCUGCCCAACGCUCGAGCGUCGCCCAGUCACCGAUGUCGCUGCCUGCAAUGUUGAGGUUCAGCUUCCCAAUGCCAUCUUUGCACGCUCCGAUGCCACCAGCGUCGAGCAGGAGACCAUCAAGCAUCUGUUCUCGCUGAUCUCGGAACGUUUCGGGGAUCACGGCAAGUUCGUCGAUGUCUUUGGCCUGUUCAGCGAGUACCAGAAGGGCGAGAAGAAUGUCAUCUUCAAUGACGAUGCCUCGGAGCUCGUCACUGAGCUGAAGAGCGACUAUCAGAACGAGCACAUUUACAACGAACUCAAGUGCGAUGGCAACAAGAUUCCCAAGCAGUGAAUCUCUUGAAGCGUGCCGCGCCUCUCUUCUAAUAUUAACUAUAGCUAUGGAUAUGCAUACUAUUUUCCGUGUUUUUUUUUUUUUCUUCUUCUGAAUAUACGUACAUGAGAAUACUAUAAUA